CUAUGAUAUGCCCCUACCGAGUGAAGCAUCAUUCAGCUAUCUUGGAAUUCCAAUCAAACCUGGUGGACUUAUUGACACUGCUGUCCUCAUUAAUCUCAACACUAAAAAAGCUGGAUCCUCUAUGAAUCAAAUUUCUUCUCUUGGAGUCAAUCACAAAGGGUUUAACCGCUUACUCUUAGUACGCUUCUACAGCCAAAUGAUACGAUCACAAAUGGAAUAUGGUCUUGCUAUCUGCACCUUGAACAGUAGUCACUUUACAAAACUUGAAGCUUGUCAAAAUGAAUGCAUUCGACGUAUUUUUGGUGGUUCUGCUAGAUCAUCAACCAAAGUAAUGCUGCACCUAGUACAACAACCUUCAAUGACAACCCGAGCUACUAUUCUGCAAGCCAAACACCUUAUUCGAUCAAUGCAACUACCCGACGAUACAUUACUGAACAAACUUCUACCUCAUCUUCAAAUGUCCAGCAGUCAUUCCCACUGGUAUAAACUAACAGUCAACCCACUCUGGAGAGAAUGUGCCCCUAUCUUGGACGAACUUGAUAGGAAGGUUUUCAAACGGCUCCGUCUGCGUUUUCAAAAAACUCAAUAUGAAAACCUCUGUCAGGGUUUAAAGUCCAAGCUUAUUCGUACAUGUCGUCCUCAUAUGAUCGUCGAUCCAAUUCUUUGGCUGCCCAUGACGAAUACGAAAAGAAGCCAAGUCCUCUGCUGUUGUACUCAUUCGAUUGAAUGUCUACAUAUGCACCAUCGACUCCAAAUGCCAAGAACGGUCACCAACCCACUCUCCUUCCUGCUAAACCAACUACCUAUUAAAAAGCUAAAACACUCACAGGAUGUGGCUCCUUGGACAAUCCGUUGGCCAGCUAUUUGUAUCACUCUACAUGAAAUAGAUUACCUCUUUCAUGAAAAGCUACCUCCAGAUCCUCCCUCAGAACCUAAUUCACUACUGAUGAAAUAGUUACUCAACUAACAGUGCUAAUAUCCUUAUAUUGUUUAUGAAUUUUAUCUUACUAAUCUUUUUUUUUUCCAAUCACCUUAUUUCUGUCUAAAUCAUUAUAUUUAUUUUACCCUUUUACACAUAUACUUUUAUCCUUUUCC